UUUUUCCUUUUUUCCAAUUGAGACUCCAAGGACUAAAAAUUUUGUGUCCCUUUGAGCCAGAGAAAGCUGCCACUAGAAGACACAUUUCAGUAACAGAGUCCAACUGGUCAUGUUUGUAUUCAUAUAUAUUCCCUGAGACCCCAUCUCAUAUAUAGCUAGCUCUCUCUUUCUACAACAUGAAAGAUCAGGCAAUGGAGAGGAUUGAAGGAGAUGAUCACCAUCACCAGAGCUCCUCAUUUCUUAAGAGGUCUCCCUGUUCUUCUGUUGACAAUGGUGAUCAGAAACCCCACACGUCAUCAUUUGACGACGGUGAUGGUGUUACUCCUAAUAGAAGCACAGCUCAAGGGAAGCAUCUAGUAGUCCACGGCUACCACCAUCAUUUUCCGGCCGCCGCCGGUCAUCGUCAGAUGAUCGGCAGCCUGUUGAAAUCAUCCCCGUCGUCAUCGACUCCGGUGAGACCUUAUGUUCGGUCCAGAAUGCCUCGGCUUCGUUGGACGCCUGAUCUUCACCGCUGUUUUGUGCAUGCAGUUGAAAGGCUUGGCGGAGAACAAAGAGCCACUCCAAAGAUGGUUUUACAGAUCAUGAAUGUGAAAGGCCUUAACAUAUCACACGUUAAAAGCCAUCUUCAGAUGUACAGGAGUAUGAAGCAUGAGCAAGGCAUACAAGCAGCUGCUUUGGCAGCAAAGAAGAAUGGUAUGUUGCAGGUCUCUGAGUACUCAAACAACUCAAACUUCUUAAAGCCAAUCGAUAUUGCUCAACCUGUUUACCACCAAAAGAAAGACUUGAUGAAGAAAAUGUACAACCAUCGACCCUGCCAAAGCAAUGAAACUUGUUACAUUGAAGGCCUUGACAGGAACACCAGUCCUCUGGCGAAAUGGAAGGAUGAAACGAAGCCAUUAGUACUACCCUAUCAAGCACCAAGUUCUUUCAUCGUAGACAAUGAUCUGCUCAAAAGAUGCACUGAUAAUAUUGGACAAGAGAGCAAUCAUAAAGAAUUGGAAGAUUUAGGCAGUACCAAAAGCGAAUAUGAUGCAAGAAUGUCUCUAUCAGUCAACGCGUCAUCAUCGAAAGCCUCUCGUGAGCUGUUGAGGUUCAGCAAAGCAGCUGGGAAUUCAGAUGCGAAUGAUGUCUCUCUUGAGCUCACUCUUGGUACUUAAAAUCAUCAUGCACAUUUUUAUGCAGACAAUGUAGAAACUUGAAAAAAAAGUGACUCUAGAGUUAAUUAGUACCUCUUUUUCAGUAUUCUCCUCCAAUAUAUGCUUCAUGUGCAAUUA